UACACCCUCAUCGGACUCGCAGCCGUAAUUAUCGGUGCACGGAUCUAUCUGAGGUUGAAAAUUCAGAGAAACCGCCUCCUGGCAAGCGAAUAUUUCAUGAUAGCAGCAUGGUGCUUCGCUGUUUUGUGUGCAUCAGUCAAUGUUGUGAUGAAGGUCCAUGGAGCACUCGAGCCUCAGCCAUCAUUGCUUGCGACAUAUUUCCAAAUCUUUCCAAUAUUUAUGGUAAAAAGAAGAGCUCUUCUCUGGGCCACUACGGUAUACUGCCUAUUGGCGUACCUUACAACUUUGGGGUUGCAGCUCUUUUCGUGCCUCCCCCUCGAAAGGCACUGGGUUAUUACAAGACCUAUUGAAGAGUGUGGCCCCAAGUGGCUGCCUUUGAUCUUUCAGGUCGCUUGGGGACUGCAUUUCUUCGGCAGUCUCCAAUUAUUCUUGCUGCCAUUCUCGAUUUUCCAUGACCUCAAAAUGAAUAGAAGAACGAAAAACGGCGUCUAUGGGGUUUUUCUGAUCGGUCUCAUCGAUCUGAUCUUUUCCCUUACACGUUUUCUCAACGUGCAGCUGGGAGACCGCAACGGGUUUAGAUCUAUAACAAUGAUCGAACUGUGGAGUGCUCUCGACGCUUACAUUGGUCUCAUUGUUGCGUGUCUUCCCUCACUGCGCCCACUUCUUCGACGC